AUGAUAAAUAAUCCUUCAUCUUCUUCUGGUGACGAUGAUAUAUAUUUUCAAUCGUUGAUGGAAGCGGUUGUUGCGUUGAUGAGUCAAGAAUGUGAAAGUUUAAACAUCAUCAAGAGGACUAGAAAUUCAAUCAACAUGAAUAGUGAGGCUGCACACACACUUCUGGUACGUGAUUACGUUGAUGAUGAUUGUGUAUAUAACAAUGCUCAAUUCAAACGUCGUUUCCGUAUCAAUAAACGUCUAUUCAUGCGUAUAAUGAAUGAUUUAGAAGCUAAUUACGAAUACUUUCAAUGGAGAUAUGAUGCUAGAGGUAGACUAGGUUUUAGUCAUUUACAAAAGUGUACUAUAGCAGUUAGAAUUUUGGCAUACGACAACGCCGCUGAUGCACAAUAUGAUUAUUUGAAGAUGUAUGAAAAAACGGUCCAAGAAUGUGUAUACACCUUUUGCGAGUGUGUUAGAGAACUAUACAGUGAAAUAUAUUUGCGGAAACCUACGAGAAGUGAUGUUGAACAGUUGUAA